AUGCUAUUGGAGGAAUCAAGGUAUAAAAGGGGCAAUGUUCUCUCUGUUGUCUUCACAGCGGUGUUGUCCACCCCAGUCAUCACCAGCAACAACUCCAACCCCAUGGAGCAGGACACUGUAGUGUUAACAUGUGGGCCUGAGACUCAGAACACCUCCCACAUGUGGUGUGUCAACAAUCAGAGCCUCCCCAACAGCACCAGGCUGGAACUAUCUGAGGACAACAGGACUCUCACUUUAUUCCAUGUUAUGAGGAAUGACACAGGACCCUAUAUGUGUGAAACUCGGAACCCAGUGAGUGUCAGCCGCAGUGACCCAUUCACCCUGAAUAUCAUCUACCCAGUGGCACAGCCCUCCAUCGAAGCCAGCAACACCACAGCCACAGAACAUGAGAAUACCGUGGUCCUGACCUGCUGCACAAAUGACACUGGGAUCUCCAUAUGCUGGUUUUUCAAUGGCCAGAGUCUACUGCUCACAGAGAGGAUGAAGCUGUCCCCAGACAACAGCACCCUCAUCAUCAACCCCGUCAGGAGGGAGGAUGCCGGGGAUUAUCAGUGUGAGGUCUCCAACCAGGGCAAUUCCAGCAAAAGUGACCCCCUCAGGCUGGGUGUGAAAUGUAAGUGA